CCCACCCAAUGGCUGGCUUGGGAUGGCGGUCCAAGCUUGGAUUGACCUCGAGGGUACUGUAUUUACAGCCUCCGCACCGCUUCCCGUCUCGUUCGAGGCCGCCCCCCACGUUCUGUCUUGAACCAUUCUGCCCGGAAACCAUUCUGUCUGGAAACAAUUCUGUCUGGAAACUAGAGUCGAACCUACAGCACGAUGCCGACCUGACACCCGCAACAGAACUCAAUUGACCAACUGAACUGAGAUUAUUCCGGGAUACACUGUUGGCAAUUCUAACGCUGUCUAUUCCGUACAGCACCUCAUUCCGCCGAUGCUACGUAACCAUUUCGUUUCCGAGCUGGGCCUGGACCUAAUUGCCAAGAGAGUCCGAAGAAGGAUGCAACACCGCCCACGCACUUGACCCGACUCAGCCGAGUCCUGUCUAGAGGAACCAACCUGUAACAACAACAACCAACAGCGACAUGGGCGCCGUCAUCUCGGGCCUCGUCGGCGCCGUCAAGGGCGUCAAGAGUGUUAUCGGUGUCAUCCGCGGGCUGUCAGCCGACUACAACGAAGUGCUCGCGCGCGCCAACAAGUCGCCCGGCCUGCCUGUCGCUAACCCCACCGUCGCCUUCUGGCAGGAGGACCCGCCGUUCCCUGGGCUGGUUAACGUGCGGUCGCCCGAGCUGCCGCAGACGGCCGACAUCGUCAUCGUCGGCUCGGGCAUCGCCGCCGCGGCUAUCGCCCGGAGCGUGCUGCACGAGAGCCGCCGCACGGGGGAGCCGGCACGCCGCAUCGUCGUCUGCGAGGCGCGCUCGCUGUGCAGCGGUGCCACGGGCCGCAACGGCGGGCACAUCAAACCGUCGGCCUACGAGAGCUUUGCGCGCCUGUGCAAGCGCAUGAGCCCCCAGCGGGCUGCCGAGCUCAUCCGCUUCCAGCUGCGCCACCUCGACACGUUCGUCGAGCUGUGCCGGGCCGAGCACAUCGACAUUGCUGAGUGCCGCGAGGUCGAGACGGCCGACUUCUUCCUCGACGACGACGACUUUUCCAAGGCGGUGGGUCAGGUCGAGGAGUUGAGGAAAUGGGUCCCCGAGCACGACGUAUCCGUGUUGACGGCCGCCGAGGCCCGCGAGAAAUUCUCCGUCAACGAACAGGUCAAGGGCGCGCUCGCGUACAAGGCCGGCGCCCUAUGGCCGUACCGCUUUGUGACGUCCAUCUGGAACAAGCUGCUGUCCGACUUUCCCAAGUCGCUCUCGCUCGAGACCAUGACGGCCGUCGAGGGCAUCGAGCCGGGCAGCGCGGCAGACUUCCCGUACGCCGUGUCGACCAGCCGCGGCACCAUCCGCGCGCGGCACGUGGUGCACGCGACCAACGGGUUUGCGCCGCACCUGGUGCCGGGGCUGCGCGGCAAGGCCAUCGGGAUCCUCGCGCAGAUGACGGCGCAGCGGCCCGGCAGGGACUUUCCCGACCUCGACGGCCGGCGGUCGUGGUCCGUCAUCUACGGCUCGGGCUUCGACUACGCGACGCAGCGGCCGACGUCGCCCGCCGGCGUGCCCGGCCACGUGCUGCUCGGCGGCGGCUUCAGCCUCGGCCCGAAACAGGGCAUGGAGAACAUCGCCGUGUACGACGACAGCAAGAUGGGCGCUCUCGCCAACGCGCACAACCUGGGCAUCAUGGCCGCCAUCUUCGAGCCCAACUGGGGCCCGCCGCCCGCUGACGACCAGGGCGGCAAGAACUACGUCUGGAGCGGCAUCGUCGCCAUCUCGGCCGACGCGAUCCCCCUGGUCGGGAAGCUGGACCCCCGCGUGGCCGGGCGCAAGGCAAAGCCGGCGCGCAGGACGGACAGCGAACAUGACGACGCGGCCGAGUGGAUCGCGGCGGCGUUUAUCGGCGACGGCAUGGUCUGGGCGUGGCUGUCGGGCACGGCGCUGGGCGUGAUGAUCAUGGGAUCUGACGAGGAAGAGCUCGCGGCGGUGCCUGGCCGACCCGGCGGCAAGCUGUACGACUGGUUUCCGCGAGAGCUGCUCCCCACGUACAAGCGUGUCAGGAAGAUGGAUCUCAUGGACCUAGCCGAGGAGAUUAUGUGAACGAGGGCUAGCCUCGCACAGUCUAUGUAUUUGCUAUGGGGUCUUUUUGUAAUUGGAAUUCUGUCAACUUGUUUCGUGACCGAUUCACCUCAGAUGGUGCUCGGUGCUCGGGAACAAGAGUGGGAGGGCCCGUUCCCGUGCUUCUUGUUACGCCAGCGGCGGACCGCCACACUGGACCCCCACUGUUUUCAAUCUCGGAUCAGGGCCCGGUGCGGGGUAGGGGCGCUGCAGACGGGCUACCCCGCAUCGCCGUUGGUGGUGUGACCCCUGCUGUCAUCAUUGUUGUGCAUCUCCUCGUUGACACAGAGCACCAGAAGUUUCCUAUUUAGCUUGG